AUGUCUUCAGUGCGCAGCCGCGCAAGCUCAACAACCUCAACUGGCUCAAGAUGCUUGACAAGUACCGAUACAAGCCAGCCUCUAGCUGAAGCCUUGGCCGAAGCUAGACAUCAAAUCGUUCUUGCUCGGUCGCUAUCAAGGCCCCCAAGAGCAAGUCUGCUACCAAUACAGCAUGCGAUCGAGCAUGAGAUGAAGGAUGAGCGAAAAGGGAGGAGGGAGCGACGCAGCAGCAUCAAAAAUACAAAAGGAUGCGUGUCUCUGCCAAGUGAGGAGAGUUCUCGAGGAGAUGAAGAGGUCCUGAUGGACGAGGGGAAGCAGAGACCCAUGGAAGAUGGGAAUGUCGAAAGAUCCGAGAGUGAGGCUCAUACAAGCUCAGACAUCGUCGUACUCGACGAGCUUGAAGGACAGGAGAUGGUAGGCGACAAUACAUCAGUAGAUGGUGGUGCGACAUCCUUGGUUCGAGUCGAGGUACCUGAAGCCGAAGUCCUGGUUGCGGAACCGGAUUUCACAGAUAUCUCGGCACUGCCAGAAGCCACCUCGCCUCUGCCUUCUAUACGCAGACUCCAACUCAGCGCGCCUGCACAUGAGUUCCCAGACCCAAGCGGGGAAUUUUUGAGAACAAUCCUCGCCGAGAACGACCUUUAUGGCGAGCCAGAAAAUGGCGAUGUCUUCGACGACGAGCGGACUCUGGGUGAUAAAUACAAUCGCUUCCGCUUCUCCUUGGUUUUUCGCGACCUGCACCAGCAUGGUACGCCGGAACCAGAGGCCUUCGAGGAGUUUGAGAUCCGCCGCCACCAAGCCUUCGCUGUCGCUGACAAUCCUGACGGAGCCGAAAAACAUGCUGAGAUGAUGGCAUGGCUCAUGGAGACGGCGCGGCGGGACGGGCUCGAUGUCCGAGAGGGAAAUGUGCUGAUGUCUCUCUGGCGGGAGUUCUGGCUCACCCAUGGCCACCUUGACUGCUACUACUCCCCACCGUCGCAACGGCUAGCUCAGUCGUUGUCUCCGGCUGCCUUGAUGUUCUGGGUUGCAUUGCGACGGGGUUGGGGUGGGUGGAGUCCCAGUAGCUCUAUGCUGAGCAACUUCACCCGGUAUUCUGGACUCAAGUCCGGAAUUCAACACACAAAGGAAUCUCGGCGUCACGGCUCGUGUUUGCAGGGCGGCCGGGGUUUGCAGGGCCGUGGAGUAGACCUACUUGAUGGCAUUUGGGCGAGUGGCCUGCCUCGGUGCGAGAGGGCAAGAUUGUCGGAUCUGCUCCUCAGCCUUCUUACAAACGAUUGGAAGAGAGACUGGAGGAUGAACGUGACCUUUGACAACUGGGUAGCACUUAGACCAUUCAUGGAGAGAAGCCGGGCGGCAGAGGAAGCGCAUUUCUCCGAGAAGCAGCUGUACUGCGAUAGAUUGGAGAGAAUGAUGAGAGAAGAGAGUGUAAUUAAUUCGCGGAUGGUCCUGCCCAGUCGUGUAAACUCACCAGAGGAUUUGCAAUUCCUCUGCGAUGUAAGGGAUUCAAGACAAUUUCCUGCAAGAAAGGAGUAG